CGAACACCAUGGCAAUGUCAGCUUUAACAAUUUAACAUGUUAUUGGCUGUUUAAGCUAAUAUAAAACAAAUUGAGGAACCAUGCAACCAGAAUCUUUAUUGCUGGGUGCUGGAUCUUCCAUGGCCGUCACUUCGCAUUGGAAAUCGAAUGAGAUGCUCAACUGGUCUGUGGUUACCCAGGGAAACGCCACAGCGCUUGGCGAUAUGGAGAUGCCUGGUAACCCGCGUUCGCAUUAUGGACAAUUCUCUCCGUCUACCUCCGUGUUCUUGGCGGUGCUCAUGACGCUUCUUGUCUUCGCCACUGUGCUAGGCAACGCGCUUGUAAUAUUAGCCUUUGUAGUCGAGAAAAGUUUGCAAACUCAAGGGAACUUUUUCUUUUUGAAUUUGGCCAUAGCCGACUUACUCGUUGGUGAGUGCGUAAAUGUAUUGUGUGAGCAAAUGCAUUGUGUGCCAUUGUUUUAAAGGUAUACAUACUGUUGCGCAUGAUUCAUAAGCUACUGCUACUCAUACAUAUUUUCUCUCUGUACUGUUCUAUAUUGCCAAAAUAAGUGAAAACGCGUUUCAUAUGCGUGCUUAAUAUUCGUGCGUAAAAUGUGUGUUCCAUCCCACCUGUAGGAGGCUUUUGCAUUCCGGUGUAUAUCCCUUAUGUCAUUACCGGCGAAUGGAGACUCGGACGAGGUCUGUGCAAGAUAUGGCUGGUGGUGGACUAUACUUUAUGUACUGCAUCAGUGUUCAACAUCGUCCUGAUCAGCUUCGACAGAUUUAUAUCUGUCACACGAGCGGUGAGAAAGCAUUUAUGCACGGUUAUCCUUUCCUGCGCAGGUUUCAUUUUCAACUGACUGCUAGUGAUAUGGAAGUAAUGAAAUGUAAAGCAAUAUAAAAAAAUUAUAGAUGAAAGAUUUUCUUUAGUGCACCAAGAACUUUGUGCACCCUAUUUCAAUAAUGCCACCAUUUCUUUAUUUCUGUAUUAGGUGAGCUACAGGUGUCAGAAAGGUGUGACGCGGGAGGCUGUUCUGAAGAUGAUGAGUGUGUGGCUGGCUGCUUUCCUACUCUAUGGGCCAGCGAUCAUCAUCUGGGAGUACAUCACUGGUAGUAGCGUGGUGCCCGACAAAGAGUGCCACGCUGAGUUUUACUUCAACUGGUAUUUCUUGAUGACAGCAUCCACUGUUGAGUUUUUCACCCCAUUUGUUACUGUCAUGUACUUCAACAUCAGCAUCUACAUCAACAUCAGGAGGCGGAACCAGGUGAGGGAUGAGCAGCCUGUCGAGGGGCCUGGGGACUGUGAGAUGGAGGCCCUCAAAGCUGGAGUUCAGCAUGUAUUCUUCAUCAGACCAGUGGAAGGUGAAGCUCCAAGGAUCCCAGACAAUGCUGCCAGGAUAGGAGGUAUUCUAUCUACUGCUAAAGUGUCAGCAGUAACUGGGAACAGCAACCAUGAGAGAAGUAAGGACAGCACUAUUCUGGACCUUCCUCCACUGCAAGUGGGCGAUAUGGUCCAGCAUUCCAGGAGGACGCGGUUCCAGUCUGCGGAGCACUCGUUCAGUAAACAGCGCAGCCGAUCUGAAGUAGCUGCAAGUCGUUUUCGUCUCUCAAAGGACAAGAAGGUUGCCAAGUCACUUGCAGUGAUUGUGUGUGUAUUUGGCCUGUGCUGGGCUCCCUACACACUGUUAAUGAUCAUCCGUGCAGUGUGCCAUGCCCAAUGUGUCCAGCACUACCUGUAUGAAAUCUCCUUCUGGCUACUGUGGGUCAACUCCUCCAUCAACCCUGUCCUUUACCCGCUGUGUCAUACCAGCUUCAGAAAGGCUUUCAGAAAACUGCUUUGUACCACCAAGAUUAAAAUUCAGCCACAGUAUAUGGAACAAAUGUAUUAAGCAUGACCAACUUGCACUGACAAUGAUGGCCUUGUUCUGACAGUUUUACAUAAUCAGUUGUCUCAUGUCAGUGUAGGUGGAAAGCUGGUAUGAGUGUUGCAGAGCACUUAACUGGGUACAGAUGGUCUCCAUGAAUAUUGUUUUGUAUUUAUGUGUAGCCUUUGCGUGUUUGCAGAUCUUACAAAGUGUAUUAGUUAUCUUACAACAAAUGUAAUGUCUGUUUUAAGUUGAACAAUAAAUACAUGCAACAGCU